AUGCCUCCACCGUCAGUAGAAGACAGGCCAAGCCAUGACACGAUCUCAAUCAUUUAUCCGUCCGACUUCAAGAUUAUUGUCACACGGAAUUACCUAUACUCAAAGGAUAGGACGUACAAGAAGGCAACAUUCAACGUUGACUAUGCCACACUUAUCAACUCGACUCAAUUCUUUCGAGGCUGGUUGGAUAGGAACAGGUUCUCUAUGAAGCCCAAAAACGUCCUUGAACUCGAUGGUUCCAACAUUGUCACUUUUGAGAUCAUACUGCGCAAGCUUCAUAACACUCUAGAACAGAUGAGUGUAGGCGCUGUCUCUUUAGCUGACAUCUGGGACCUGCCGUAUUUAUGCCAAACCUGUCAUGUCGAUUGCAAGGAAUUAACACAAUGGUUCAAGACGUGGUGCGCUCACCAAAAGGACAAGGUCGAGCCAGGAAAAGAGCUGAGCUACUAUCAUGAGGUCUUGAUUCCGAGUUGUGUUUAUAACGAUGCCGAAAUCUUUGCCCAAUCAACGAGGGCCGUGGUAUACCAGAACACUGGGCAUAUUACAGCGCGCAUCCCUAAUGAAUAUAGGAAGCCGCUUGCAGCGCCUCUUAUGCGCCACUUGAACGCCGCCCGUGAUCGCCUUUGCGAGAUUGUCCACCAAGAGCUCUCUGGCCGCAUUACGCAUAUCCUCCAGAGACCAUUAUCACCCUGCUGUGAGCGUACCGUUUUCGAACUCCUUCGGGAGCUUCAGAGAAUACAAGCCUGGCCUUACGAUAACUGCUUCACGAACCAUGGAAUUGACGAGCUGCUGAAUCGUCUGGCCCACUUCGACGCGGAUCGAAUGCACAAGUACAUUGAUCCUGCCACGAACAGUCAAUUCAACUGUGUUAUGUGCAGCAUGGAUUGGAAAACUAUUGUUGAGUCCACAGCGACUCGCGUAGCUGGCUACUUUGAUGGACUGUGUCUUGACUGCGCGCUGAGGACUGACGAGAACCCUCCUCCUGGUGGGCAAUACGACAAAAAGGACUACUGGGACUGUUUAGAAAGCCACGAUCGGUACGAUCGGAAAUGUCGGAUCCAACACGGAGAGCCCUCAUGGUACUUUAGCUUCAUGGGAGAGCAGCGAGAACUACAAGCAACCCCAGCUCAUGGUGUUGGUCUCCCUUAUCGUCUUUCCAACCAAUGUUGA